AGGUGAUACAUUUUCCGCCUCGCCAUUUUGUGCUGCUGCGCCGGGUAUUUAUCAGAAGAGUCGUGACUGUCCGGUUUACUCGGUUAGUUAGGUGAUCAGACGGUUCUCUGUAUACUUGGUUUUUCAUUUCAAGCCUGUGGCCUUCGAUAGGGUUCGCGAAGUGCGAUUUUUGCGUCCACGCUUGUAAUAAAUUUUGUAUAUUUAGUUUAUUUUUAUAGUGUGUGAGUAAGGAUGUCGGCCGAAAGCCCCGAAUACUCUCCGUUCUUCGCAGUGAUGGGAGCCUCUGCGGCUAUGGUGUUCAGCGGUAAAUAUCACACUACCACCUUUUCUAUUUAAGCUGUUUAACUUCUACUAAUCGUCAUUUUUCUCCUUUUGCUGUUAACCCCUUUGUGCAUUCAUGUCAUUUCUAACAGGGUGCGUUUCCUGACGCUCGCUGGUUAAAGUGAUCCGCUAACGUUAGCCACGCUAAUGUUACCGUCGCAAUGCUAAUCUUCAGCGCUUUUAUAUUCAGACUCUAGCUGCAGCUCGGCCAGUUGGAGAUUUUGGUCGAUUUUUAGUUUAUUUUUUUCUCUCUCUUAAUAUUGAAUUCGUAUUUUUGUGCCUUAGAGUGGCCACAGACACCAGUGAAGACGAGGUGGCUAGCUGAUGACGAAUACAUAUGUUAGCUUUGACGUUAGCUUUGAUCGGUUAGCGUCGAUGUUUAUCUUCGUGAGUGAUUGAGAUACGUAGAUAUUGAUUACCUUUAUAUCAAUGUAACGGCCUGUAGAUGCUAACCUCUUUAUUUAAAAUAGAAAAAAAAACAGGUGAUAGAAUACAAAAGUGUUGCGUGAACGAAGACAUCGGCAGUCGUUGACGCACAGUAAUUGAACAGACGUCGUGCUGCGUUUACUGUCCAGCCACUAUCUGCCAUCUGUCAAAUCUGGGCUGUCAAAUCUUAAUCAUUUAUCAAAAUACACCUUAACCUGAAAUCUGCUUGUUCUCACGCUUUCUUUCCCCAGCUUCUAUGACCACUGGAAACCCAGAUCAGCUGGUCAACUUCCUUAUUACUGAGGAGAAUGACACAAGGUCACAUGAUUAUCACAUGAGACUUCUGACUUGGAGUUGCCGUUUGACUACUGGUCAAGUCAACUGUAACCAUAGAAAUUACCAUGAACUUUUGUAGAAAAAUGUUUACUGUAAGAAAAAGGAUUUAAAUCACUGGGUAUUUGUUAAUCGAUUGAGACAGGAAGUGGUACAGAAAGUGGACUUUGAAACAGUCUUGUUUUUUCCCUUUUAUGGAUCCCUGCUGUUUAUUAUUUUUUAUGCUUCAAGUGAGGACAACAGCUUUGUUCAAUGCCCUGGGAACUCUGUAUUAUUCUGGCAAAGUCCUGCAUGUGACCAGAGAGACUGCUGGGAUUGAUGCAGCUCCAAUGUGAAAUCUACAGGCUACUAGAGCUAAUUGAUCAUGUCACAGAGGGCAUGACCUGCUGCAGCUUUCGGCCUUUAGCCAAAACUGAUCAGGUGUUAGGUGCUACACAUCUUUCUAUUGAUGAAUUUAUCCUUUUUAUAAAAUGACAAAGGAUGUCUUGUUAACAAAGAGCGAAAGACAUUUUUAAUCGUCUUUCAGCAGAUCAUGUUAGGCCGCUUGCUGAACAGAAAUCAGAUUUUCUGGUGUUCUUUUUCAGCUUGUGAUUUCAAGAAUUUCCGAAUUUUUCAAUUUGGUUUUCAACUGUAAAGUAUCAUAAUUCUUAAUACAAACCCCUCCCAUAAAACAUGAUGACUUCAAGUUGUCCAGUCUCACCCGGAAAUGAACAUUAGCUGCUUGUUCGCCAAAGCCAGCGCUGGUCUUGUCAUAGCUCAGGUUUAAUUUGGAGUGAUAGGGAAGGGCAGCAUGGUGGUGGCGGCAGACCUGGAGGCAAGCAGUACUUCUGGUCUGGUGGUGAGGGAGUGACAGCUGGGGAAUUAGCCAGGAGGGAGGGGAUCACGCUGGCACAGAGCAGGGGACGUGGUGGUGGUGGGAUGGAAGGGGAGACUCCCUGAUUCAGACUUCAGCUUUAAGGAUUUCUGAGUGUCUGUGGUGUCAUAUAAAGGACAUUAUUGUUAGUGUUACUGGGAUUUUAGUUCUUGAAGUGUAGCUGAAAAACUGACUUCUAUUCAUUAACUAGAUAGACGUUAUAUUUUUGAGGGGAUUGGUGCAUAUUUCAUUGAGUAUAUUCCACAUAAUGUCACACUCACAUCAUCAUAUUCAGACGUUUUUGACUCUUUCUUGCUUUAUUUUUCAUAUAAUCACUGAUUUGAAGCAUGUAUCAGGCAGCAAUAGGCAAUUAUCUGCACAUUUACUGUCACGCCGUGGUGUCAGGUGAUGUUGCAUUGUGUCCUGUCGCUAGGACUUCCCCUAAAGUGAUGCCUGGCUUGAAACAGGUGACACUCACAAGGUGCCAUUUAACCUGAGAUUAGAAAGCACCACUCCCAUCGUAGCUUCGCUGCAUAUCAUUUUAAAGAGGCAUGUUUACGAUUUUCUCCUUUUUAACUCCCUUUGAAAUAAAGAAGACAGAGAGAAAAUAAUAAUGACUGUAUGUCUCGUAUAAAGACUGAUUACUGUUCGAGUUGUGGUGGUGACACGGAUAGUAAAUGCAUCACUUCCUCUGCAGCAGCCUCUUUUUCUUUGCUGUUAAUGGUAGUUUGGUUCAGAGUGAGUUAUCUUUGUUGCUUGAACCUUAUUUUACGCUCAUAUUUUGUCUCUUUGAUACACAUCCUUCUGCAGUGAAACGUAUUUGGUGAUGGCAGCAUUUCUGGCAUCUAUUUCCCUCUGUUUCUGAUGCGUUAGAUUUGCCAGUGUGUUCCGUUUCUGCACAUCACAUCAACAUUUUAGACCUCAGCCAGCAUGCAUCUGCGAAAAUGUUUCUACAACUGUGACCUUCCUCUUUUUCUUUAUUUCCUUAAAAGCAGUUCAUCAUCAUUCACUCCCUGUUCAGAGCAGACCAGUCUGCUGUGUACUGCGUGGGCUCAUUGCAUGCAAGAUCAUCCCUAGCUGUAGGCACCUCCCGCUCUGACAUCACAAGACGUCACAAGGACAUCCCAUACAUGAAAUAUUCUGCAGGCAGAGAAAAAAGAAAAAAAGGGGGAAAAGCUGUUCACCUAAGCUGAGGGGAUUAGGAUUAUAAACCCAGAGGUUGUGCCUCCACACAACUGCAGAAGCCAACCUGGCAUCCAUCAAGCCGCUAAAUCAUCAGGACAGAAUGGCAAUGUUUGAGGACUCUGGUGUUUCUCCAUGCAGCUUCACCUGUCACACCUCAGUGAGGCCGGGCUUACUGAGACAGAACGGAGGGGGAGGAUAGCGUUACUGACGGUAACAUGUUACGCUGGUUGUUUAUGGAUGAGUGACGGGAACAGCUGUGUAGAUAAAGGGUUAGGUGUUCGCAGAAUAUUCUCAUGCAGUUGAUCAAUUUGAUUUAUUUCUUCUGUUGAACCAGUUUCUUGGGUUUUAUAUCCUUUUGAGUGUUUGUGCAUUUCCUUGAAGUAUUUUAUGGUUCCACUUGUGCUGGAUUUAUGUCAUUUAUUCUGCUAGUCUGGCUUUUUCACAAAGUAAGAACCAAAAAGUAAAGGAGUCCUUUUUUUUUUUGUGGUUGCUAUAGCAGAGCCAAGUUAUACACGCACAUCUCUAUAAAUGAGCCGGAGCUAUUUAACCUUAUAUUGAUGACAUCAGUCUGGUGAUAGAUCAGUGGAAGGGGAUGUGGCUGGCUGCCAUGAACACAUUUGAAGAUUGGCCUGCACCAUCUUCCCCCAUCUACCCCUUGGAUCUUUCUGCCAGAAAGCCUCGCAGCCAGUCUCUGAGUUAACCGGAGCUAUCUGCAGGCUUUUGCAACACAUUGUCCUAAGACAUGAGAAAAAACAUGAAGCAGGCUGUGUGCACAAGGCUGUCUCCCAAGACGAUAUCUCUGGAGACAGUUCAGAUUGAAUCAUCAUCAGUAUGUCGGCCAUGAAGCUGCUUCAAAGCUACGACGCCAAGUCUGCCAAGAAACAGUCCAAGGAUGCAUUUUGCUUACUCACUUAUUCUACUACCUUUUAAAGAUGGUUGAUGUUUAACUAUGUUGCACAAGUUUACUGCAUCCAAUAUGAUUAUGUUGGCAAAUUGCAUGUGAUUUAACACAUGCUUUGACAUGUUUUGUUAUUGCAGAAGAAAAACAAGCGAAAGGCAGGUGACCGUUGCAUCACAGCAAAAUAAAAAAUUAGCCAAGGCAACCAAUGUCUUUCAUGUAAAUACCACGGUGAAGUUAGUUUUAGGUUGGAUAUCUGACGGACAUUCACUGUGGAUCUACCGUUGUCUUCUCACUUUUCGUAACCGGGAAUAGCAACAGCAGCGCAGUUAAAUCUACUCGUUGAAUAAGGGACCAUCAAUAAAUUAUGGGUUGAUGUUCCCAGAAAAGGCUGUUUUCCUUCAGUAGCUUCCAUGUCAUGUGACCAAUUAACCUAAAAUUGAUUUUAAAUAAUAGUACUUAUGUCGACCAAUGAGAAAAACAUUACUUGAUCAAUUUUCAUUGGGCCCCUAAAGUUCUUCAUGUGCUCCCUGCUUUUUCAACUUAAGAGCACAUGCUCUCCUUGUGAAAAAAGUUGGUGUCAAGCCCUGAAUGGGAAAACUCUGAACUGUUCUUACAUGGAAGUAAAUUUAGUAGAUGCUAUCCUGUGUGGACAGUGUUGUCUUGUAGCUUUCACUUUGCUUUUACUGUGGGUGGAAGAAAUAAACACACAUGCAGCAGUACAUAUGCCCAACACACCUGUGACGUCAGGAGAAUCUUGUCAAACCAGCUUUUGGUUGGCAACACAGCCGUGCUCUGACAGCUAUUGGUGGAUGCUGCAGAAGAUGAACAAUGGCCUGUUGUGUACACACGUUAGAUUGAUUAAAUAUCUGCCUGUUCAUCUUGCAGAGGGUGACUCCUCUGUUGUUCCUGCAGGAUUUCUGUUUUCUUGUGGUGCAGAUGGUGUUCCUAGUCCAAAGAUAUAUAUAUAUAAUGGGCUGUGUGUGCAGAUGGUAAAGGGGAUAUGUGAUCUAAACUGCAUUUGGAUUUAUGUUUUCUAAUUUUAGUGCGUAGUGACUAUUGAUUUUCCAUUUUACUCUCUUCCUGCAGUCACGCUUAUGUGUGACACUCCACUUUCUCCUCAGCAUCACAGGCCCACUGAGCAGAAACGCUGAUGAAGGUUUUUGUCCUCCUCUCUCCCCGUCACAUUUCACUGAUGCUGCACAGAGCCCAGUGCGCUACAGAAAAAGGCACACAGCAGAUGUGUGUGCGGCGCCCUUACUGUUCUGAUGCUCCUUCCUGUAGAUGUUGUAUCCUGGCUCUUUUAUGAUGUCAGCAGUUCCCCUGCGUGCUUAAGCCUAAUGAGGCUUUUUUCAUUCAGAGAGUGAUUUACAACUGCAGCUGUCUGGGCAGAGUCAUCCCUGAAAUCACAAGGGCUGGAGCAUUCAAAGGAGAGGAGAAACUGUGACAGAGGUGUUUGGUUGGUUUGUCUCAAUUCUGCGUCACUUGAAAUGAUGAUCUGUUAUUUCCUCUUUUGAGACAAGCAAAAAUCCCCCCCCUGUGUGAAGCCAUGUUGGAUUCUCCAAGGGGAAGAGAAACUGUAACAGCUGUCGUUUUUCUUGCACCAGCUCUUUUUUCACUUCUUCAUUAUUGAGUCGUGCUUUCUCAUUUCUCAAGUCGCUCUGCUGUCGCAUUUCACCAUACAUUGUGUUGUUUCAAUGUAGUUUUCUAUGCAGUUUAUCUUGAAUUAUUCUCUCUCUGUGUCUUUCUAGCCUUGGGAGCAGCCUAUGGCACAGCCAAGAGCGGAACGGGGAUCGCCGCCAUGUCAGUGAUGAGGCCGGAGCUCAUCAUGAAGUCUAUCAUCCCCGUAGUCAUGGCGGGUAUUAUAGCCAUCUACGGCCUGGUAGUAGCAGUGCUGAUUGCCAACAACAUCUCAGAAAAAGUCAGCCUCUACAAGUGAGUUCAGUUGACCACAGCUUCAGCCGUUUGUCUGGUGGUUAUCUUUUUUCAGCAUUGACAACAAAAGCUUGAGUGGGGUUUACUUGAUUGGAUCAAAAGGAGGUGUCGGUCUGACACAAACAAUGCAGGAAAUUGUGCAAAGACUGUAGUGUUUCUUCAUCUUUUGAUAAUACAACAGCCGCCAAGAAAGAGUUUCAUCAUUUCACCAGCGCCCUGAUAUAUCUCCACUUUCUACUCAAUCCAUGAGUUAUUCAACACAUACAAGCACUGUCGCACACUCUUUCAUUACAAUGAACACAACCUGUGUAGAUCAACACCCCUGACUAUGGUUCGGUCCCAUCACGGCAUAUGUGAUGUUCAUACCACUUCCUGUCACUGAUCUAAAGUUCAGGUGACCUGACAGAAAUAAACCUGCUGUCUCACCCACAUGAAAAAUUUUUCUCCCUGAUUUAAAUAUACAGCUUUUUUUUCAUUGAGUAAGUCGUUCUAGAAGCAAGCAGAGUUUUGGCUUAUAACAAUACAGAAACACCAGUAUUAAAGAGUGAAUCAAGUUCAAAUACCAGGUUAGGAUCACUAAUACAAGCACAAACAACAGCCGUAUUGUUUGAUCAAAAGCCGAGGGCAGCAGAUUAAUCACAGGUUGAAAGCUUACCCAAAAUCAACAAAACAGCUUUUACCAAACUUGUGAACUUUGAUUUAUCUUUACACAUUUUUAAAUUCUCACUUUUGCAAUUUCAGUUAAUGAUUUCUCAAUCCCUUAAAUCACUAAAUUUUAUAAUCUUGAACUUUCCUCAUGCUGGCUAACAGUGCUUUCUUUGUGCUCAGGAGUUUUCUCCAUCUGGGUGCCGGGCUGAGCGUGGGCCUCAGUGGGCUGGCAGCAGGCUUUGCAAUCGGCAUCGUGGGAGACGCAGGCGUGAGGGGCACAGCUCAGCAGCCAAGGCUUUUUGUGGGCAUGAUCCUCAUUUUGAUUUUCGCUGAGGUCUUGGGUCUCUACGGGCUCAUCGUCGCCCUCAUUCUCUCCACGAAAUAAAAAAAAAAAACCAACAACAACCAAACAUCUCCACUACAAGAUCUGUCCUUUAUGUUGCUGCUGGAGAAAAAGUGUAAAACGGGAAAAAUUGUAAAAAAUUUCUGCCACACAAGAUGAAAGAAGUGAAGGCGGGAAAAAAUGAAUUAAAAUGGCUCCAUAAAUAUGGUCUUAUCUCAACAAUGUGUACAGUCGUCCCGAUUUGAUAGUCAACUUGUAAAUGCGCAAUGUAGUGAUUCGUCUGUCUUGUGUGUGUGUGUGUGUUUCAAAACAGUUGUAUGAUGAAGAUUCCUUUUUUUCCCUCCACUUAUUUCAGGCCUUGAGGCUGGCUGAGGCAGCCUGGCCUCUGGUCAUAGAGAGCUGACCGAAAAGGGCCGCACAGCUUUUUCUCCUCCCACAUCAACCGGGGAGUUGACACAAUUUCUGCAUUAAUCUUGAGGAUCUAUUUGUAAAGAGAAAUGUAUAUGGACUUUACGAUUUUUUUCCACUGAUUUUAUUUAUAAGAAAUUGUUCAUUGAACUGUUUAAUGCAGCAAGUCUUUAAUUCCCCAGGAUAUAUUAUACAUAUUAUAUACAGACAUAUAAAUAUCUAUAUAGAUAGAUUUAAUGCACUGUGGGGUAAUUGUGAUAAGUGGUUGGAAUUCCUCUGGAUGUAAUUCUUGGUUUAAUAAUUAAGAUUGCCUUUAGUAUGUUGCUGGUGAAGUGGGAGUUUUUGUGUGUAGCUGUAUUCUAAUCAUUACGCAAACAUUCUCAAACUUCAGUGUUUUUCCUGUAGUACUGCUGUUUGCAUUAAAGGUGUGUGUGCCCCGUGUUGGGUCUCACAAGUGUAAUUUCCAAAAAGUUCAUCUCCUCUCCAUCUUCUUCACUCCCCUCUCAUCUGUGGCUGUACUUCAUCUCUUCCACAUUCCAGCCAUUAAAAUCCUGCAUGGGUUUCAGUGUCUUGUUGCUGUUGGAUAUGAAGCUGAAGUGCAGGCUAGCUUCAGAAAAUUGAAUCCAGAUCAAAAAGCUUGUCCAAAGUCCUACAGCUCCUUUUUAAAAUCGACAAGAGUUGAUAUCCUUUUGUAGCUUGUAGCAGAGAUCAAUACCCAGGUUUGUCCUCGUUUCAUGGAGACUGGUAAGAUUUGAUCUGGAGUUUAUUUUCUGGAAACGGACCUGCUGCUGAAGCUUUACUGAAGCGCCAAUCUACAAUCCUGUAUUACCACUGGUAUUGAAGUUAUCCUGAUGUGUCGACGUGUGUCACAAUCAAAUUAAAGAAGAUUCCAACUUAGAUUUGACUGUCUUCCGAAAACACACACAAAGAGGG